AUGGAUUUAGCUAAGGUGCUGGUAUUGAUACUUCUUGGAGUCAAUUUGCUACUGUCGAGAGCAGAUCGCUUCAGUACAGAUGGAGGUGUUAUAAAUUCUACAGAACUUUAUUUAUCUGUAGCAAUGGUACUAACAAUGGAACAAGUACACAAGCUUCCAGUUCAGCUAGAUACUGGUCUCUAUCACAAUAAGGUUACCUUCGGCUUCUCUCCAAAUCAAAGCCUUGGCAAAACCAAAACAGUUCUUUUCAAACCUUCUUUAAUAGCUCAGUACAUAAGAUUGCAUCCCACAAACUGCUCCAACACUUGUGCUCUCAGAUUUGAGCUUUAUGGGUGUAAUUUGACCACAGGCUUGCCUGGUCAGCCAUCCUCACUCUCUACAAAGUCUGUGUCAUCAACCAAAAUUGUAAUCUCAUGGAGUGCUCCUACGGAUGAAGGGGAUGGAAUAACAGGGUACUCUGUUAAGUGGCAGGCUGCUGGAGAAUCCAAAAUUUACCAAAAAGAAGUUACAGGGAGCAGAACUGUGACACUGGAUAAGCUAACACCCUACACAUUGUAUGAAAUCCAUGUGAGAGCAGAAAGUCUUAAUGGGGAUGGCCUUUGGUCAGGUCCACUGAAAGUGAGAACAAAUGAGUCAACUCCCACUGCUGCUCCAGGAAACUUUAAAGUCAGUUCUAGUUCCUCUCUUUCAUUGGACAUAUCUUGGGAUGCCAUUCCUAAAAAAGAACAGAAUGGAGAGCUGUUGGGUUACUAUAUUUACUACAAGGUGAAUGGAUCUGCAGUAGAGUAUAACAAGACUGUUGGACCGCAAGAACUUUCAGAUAAACUUACAGAACUUGAGUUUACAACCUAUGUUGUUCGAAUGGCUGGGUACACUGUUGCUGGUGUUGGUUUGUCUACCAAAGCUGUGAGCAUACAGCCAAAUGAAGGAGCUCCUACAGCUCCUAGGAAUUUCAAAUUGACUGUUGAGUCAUCCACAGCGAUUAAAGCGUCGUGGAGUGCGCCCUUGAAGUUUAAUGGUGUCUUCAAACGUUAUGUGGUGAGGUAUGGUUUAUCAAAAGAUGGAAUGAAUACACAGGUGUACCCCACAAACACAGAGUACUUACUGACCCCACUGGAUGAGUUCUCUAUUUACUAUGUUCAAGUCCAUGCUGAAACGGCUGUUUCUGGGCCUGCCUCCAGUAUUCUUUCGGAAAAGACAAAAGAAGAUGCUCCCAGUUCCGCUCCAGUCAUUAACAAACAAGAGACAAAGGCCGAGGAUGCGCACACCAUAAGAGUCAAAUGGAAUGAAAUUAAAAAAGAGGAUCAAAACGGCCUCAUAUUGGGAUAUGAGGUUUCAUACAAAGAAACAGGAACAGAAAAAGUGUUAAGUUUUAAUGCAACAAAUACAAACACAAUAAUCACGCGCUUGAAGCCAUUUACGUCAUACUGCAUUCAAGUUCGAGGGUUUACAAGUGUAGGAAAGUCACCACUGAGCCCUUGCUCAGAUGUCAAGACAUUGGAUAAAGGUCCAAGCCAUCCGCUCAAUGUUAAAGUUCAGGCCGUUUCUUCUGUUUCAAUUAUUGUAACGUGGGAGGAACCAGCUCACCCUAAUGGAGUCAUAGGAGAGUAUAUAAUAUUGUAUGGAACCAGCAAGGACGUACAAAGUUAUGAGCAAAAAGUGACUGGAAGCACGCGUAAACGUAUUAUAGACGGCUUGAACAAAUAUACCACUUAUUAUGUGAAAGUCAGGGGUCUUACAUCGGAACCGGGAAAUGCUUCUGAAGUAUUCAAUGUCACAACUUUCGAAGAUAGUCCUGGACCGCCAAAGGAGUUUAGGGCUCAGGUUGUAACAGCUACUGAUGUUCAUCUUACGUGGAAGGAGCCUGAUAAUUCUAAUGGAAUUGUAAGGUUCUAUUACAUAAAGAUCUACAAUACUAAAACCGGCUCACAGGUCGGAAACGUACACAACCAGAGCGCUGACGAGGAGUCAGACAUGCAGCAACACAGAAGGCUGAUACGAGGUCUCAAGUAUUAUACAGACUACACGUUCACAAUCCAGGCCGUUACAAUUAAACCUGGGGAAAUGGCUAACGCCACAGCAAGAACAGAGGAAGGAGUCCCAAGUCAGCCUAGAGAUGUCACUGCGAAACUUGACAAAGAUGAAAUUUCUGUCACAUGGAAAGAUCCCCAGGACCACAAUGGAAUUAUCACCAAGUACUCGGUAUACUUUGAGGGUAAAAGAGCAUAUAACACUUCAUUUCGACACAACCACGAAAUAGUUUUAGACAAAACCUCUCGGAGCACUGAGAUACGAGUGGAAAAUUUGAAGCCUGGUACAAAAUAUAGUGUUUAUGUGAAAGCAAAAACAGCCAAAGGAUAUGGAACCGCAAGUGAUCCUGUGGAGCUGGACACACCAUCAAAACGUCCUCCUGCUCCCAAACUCCCCCAAGUUGUCGAAGUUGACGUCACAACAAAAACAAUUACGAUCUCUUUAUCACCAUCCGAUGACACUAACGGAGAGAUCAUUCGGCAUGAGAUCAUUGUAGAAUUGCUCGGAGCAGCCAGAGCUCGUCGUGAAACAUCCGCCCUCCCGGAGUACAUAUACGGCUUUAAGGAAGCGCAAACAAAUGGCGAUCGUUUCUACAUUGCGGCCGUGUUUGAAAGACGAAAACUGCCUGUGGAGUUCGUUAUUGGAAAUGGGAAGACAUACGGCGGGUAUGAGAAUGCUCCUCUUAAGCCAGGGACGCGUUACAAGGUGUAUGUAAGAGGAGUCACAGAACGUAACGGGAAAUGGCUUGUAGGAGAAGCAACUGCAAUCAGCCUGCCGGAAACUGGUUUGCACUUUGGUUAUGUCUUUUGUUUCGGUUCAUUGGUCUUUUUCUUUGCAUAGAUAUUGGGUGGUACAAUGUCUAUGUCUGUAGCGGAAAUGCACCCAAUUCAGCGUUUUUCCCGGAAUGUCUCUUUUUGACGCUCACUGUUUCGUAUUAUGGUGCCCAUACCGAUCACCACACCCAUUCUAGAUUCCUUCCAAACCUAGCCUUGAACCACCCAGAAGCAAUCAGAUGACAAAGCAGAAAUUGUUGCUACAUAUUUUGUAGACGAGUUG